GUUCUGUUGAGGUGUUAUGAUCAAAUACACUUUAUUCUACACAUAUUAUUAUUUCAGUCAUAUUCCAUCUUGUUUUAAAAGCUACAUUUAACUCUCUUCGGUGUAAUCUCAGAUGUGUGAGUGAUAGAGAGUGUAGAAAUGAAGGUCAUACCACAUGUUGCCUUUAACUGUUGCACUGCUGCACUGAGCCCAUCCCAUAGGCAGAUCCACCGCUAAUUAUGUGAAGGUUGGAAGCCCAGUGAAGAUAUCCUCUACGUCUUUGCCAUUCAUCUCACUUCAUUCGGAGCUACAAGUUGCUGUUUCGGAGGACAAGUGUACUUUCACUCCAGGAGCCAGUCGUUUGCUGUCGGUCUUUGUUUGGGAGAGGGCAGGAUGUCUAACAACAUGGCCAAGAUUGCAGAUGCUCGAAAAACAGUAGAGCAGUUGAAACUGGAGGUCAACAUAGAGAGGAUGAUGGUAUCCAAAGCAGCAGCUGAACUGAUGGCCUACUGUGAAGCUCAUGCCAAAGAGGACCCCCUGGUGACCCCAGUGCCUUCAUCUGAGAACCCGUUUCGAGAGAAGAAAUUGUUUUGUGAAAUCCUAUAACUCUCUUGUGCAAAAUACACACACACAAACGCACGCACACACACACACACACACACACACACACAAAACAAAAACAAAAAAACAAUGACAAACACUUUCUUUAUUAGGACUAUUUUCCAACAGCAUUCAGUUUUUAAUUUAGGUAGCGAUUUCCUCACAUGUCAAAUGACUGUGUGUUAAGCACGAUAAGAAUGGCAAUAAAGAUUUAUUGAAAAGAGUGCAAAGUUCAUUUAAACAAGCCACUGCUGCUGCAUCUCCCACUGUGCACACAGUUUACAUAUUAACAAAACUG